AGCACCGUGUUUCACCGGACAGCUCCCCGUUUCUAAAGGAUUCAGACACUUUUUUUAAAAAAAUGGGAGCACCGUUUUAACAUUCGGGGGAACUCGCACCUUGAUUUUCUUAACUUUGAUGGGGACUUGGACAACGAGGAGGGAAAAUGCCUGUGAUGAAGGGAUUAUUGGCGCCGCAGAACACGUUUCUGGACACUAUAGCCACGCGCUUUGACGGCACUCACAGCAACUUCAUCCUGGCCAACGCGCAGGUGUCCCAGGGCUUCCCCAUUGUCUACUGCUCGGAUGGCUUCUGCGAGCUCACAGGCUUCUCCCGCGCCGAAGUCAUGCAGAAGAGCUGCGCCUGCAAGUUCCUGUACGGGCCGGAGAGCAGCGAGACCGUCGUCCUCAGCAUCGACAACGCGCUGGAGGAGCGCAAGGAGUUCAAGGACAAGAUCACCUUCUACGGCAAGACAGCGGUGCUGUUCAGGUGCCUGCUGGACAUCGUGCCCAUCAAGAACGAGAAGGGAGACGUGGUCCUCUUCCUGGCCUCCUUCAAGGACAUCACCGACACAAAGGCCUCCAAAGCACCGCCAGACGGGAAGAGAGAAAAGCGCCACCGCGGCAGGGUGAAGACAGGCUCUCCGUUCAGCUCCACGAGGCUCCGGAGCAGCGCGGUCCUCUACCACAUCUCUGGCCACCUGCACAGCAGGGACAAGAAGAGCAAGAUUAAAAUAAACAAGAACGUGUUCGGGGACCCCCCUGCGCUGCCCGAGUACAAGGUCGCCGACGCCAAGAAAUCCAAAUUCAUCCUCCUGCACUUCAGCACCUUCAAGGCGGGCUGGGACUGGCUGAUCCUGCUGGCCACCUUCUACGUGGCCGUGACGGUGCCCUACAACGUGUGUUUUAUCGGCGACGUGGACCAGACCCGGAGCACCACCGUCACUGACAUCUCCGUGGAGAUACUGUUCAUCAUCGACAUUGUCUGUAGUUUCCGCACCACCUACGUCAGCAAGUCGGGUCAGGUGAUCUUUGAAGCGCGUCUGAUCUGCAUCCACUACAUGACCACCUGGUUCAUCAUUGACCUGGUGGCCGCGCUGCCCUUUGACCUGCUCUACGCCUUCAACGUCAGCGUGGUGUCCGUGGUGCACCUGCUGAAGACGGUGCGUCUGCUGCGGCUGCUGCGGCUGCUGCAGAAGAUGGACCGCUACUCGCAGAACAGCACGGUGGUGCUGACCCUGCUCAUGUCCAUGUUCGCCCUGGUGGCCCACUGGAUGGCCUGCAUCUGGUUCGUCAUCGGCAAGAAGGAGCUGGACGGCAACCCCUCGUCAUGGGACAUCGGCUGGCUCCACGAGCUGGGUCGCCGCCUGGAGUCGCCCUACCUGUUCGAGGGCAGCGUGAACGUGACGGUGGGCGGGCCGGCGCUGCGCAGCAUCUACGUGGCGUCGCUGUACUUCACCCUGAGCAGCCUGACCAGCGUGGGCUUCGGCAACGUGUCGGCCAACACCGACGCCGAGAAGAUCUUCUCCAUCUGCACCAUGCUCAUCGGAGCUCUGAUGCACGCCCUGGUGUUCGGUAACGUGACGGCCAUCAUCCAGCGCAUGUACUCCCGCUGGUCCCAGUACCACACGCGCACCAAGGACCUGAAGGACUUCAUCCGCGUGCACCACCUGCCCCAGGGCCUGAAGCAGCGCAUGCUGGAGUACUUCCAGACCACCUGGUCGGUCAACAACGGCAUUGACUCCAACGAGCUGCUGAAGGACUUCCCUGACGAGCUGCGCUCCGACAUCACCAUGCACCUGAACAAGGAGAUCCUGGAGCUGACCCUGUUCUCGGGGGCCAGCCGCGGCUGCCUGCGCUCCCUGUCCCGCCACAUCAAGACCUCCUUCUGCGCCCCCGGGGAGUACCUCCUCCGGCAGGGCGACGCGCUCCAGGCCAUCUUCUUCGUGUGCUCGGGCUCCAUGGAGGUUCUGAAGGACGGCAUGGUGCUGGCCAUACUGGGUAAAGGGGACCUGAUCGGGGCGACCCUCUCCGUGAAGGAGCGGGUGAUCAAGACCAACGCCGACGUGAAGGCGCUGACCUACUGCGACAUGCAGUGCAUCAACCUGAAGGGGCUGUACGAGGUGCUGGACCUCUACCCCGAGUACUCCCACCAGUUCGUCCAGGACAUCCAGCAGGACCUCACCUACAACCUCAGGGAGGGCCACGAGACCUGCGUCAAGUCCAGGAUGUCAAUGACAACUUUAGACACCGAGGCGAGCGUGAAGGGCAACGGUCGCCUGGUCCACGGCUACCCCUCCAUCAUCGAGAAGAAGAAAGGCCCGGAGGAGGAGGGGGGGGGCGAGGAGGAGGUGGAGGAGGAGCAGGACAACAACCAUGAAGAGGAGGGAGACGAAGAUGACGAUGGCGAAGAAGAGGCGGGGAGUCCCUCGCCCGCGCUGGAGUGGGACCAGGUGGUGUACCUGAGGGACGGCGACAAGGGCCCGGGCCCCGGCGGGAAGGGCCCCGGGGGGCCCCGGAGGAAGAGGAGGAGUCAGCGGGGGGCCCUGGUCACCCUGGACCCGUUGAACCUCAGCCCCAGGGUCGUGGACGGUACGGAGGACAUCGAGGGUCAGGAGGGCUCCCCGGCCUUCUCCUACCCCCCCGGCCUGGCCUGCCCCGGGGCUCCGGCCUCCGCCACAGGUGCAAGACACAUGUCCUCCCUCAUCCACAAGAGACGCAGUGAUGUCGUUCCAGACAUGCUGCAGGUCAGCACCGCAGAGCUCGCAGCCAAGGCAGAGGAGACCAGAGGCCAGCUACGACACCUCGACCAGGAGGUGAGCUGCGGGUGUGCCAGCCUCUCUCAGUAUGGUUGUGCAGGUUGA